AUGGUUAGGACUAGAGGCUUAGGUCGUGCCUUAGGUAGGGUUAUUGGCAGAGGUCGGGGGAGAGAGGAUCGUGAUGAUUCUGAUGAUGCUCCCCAGCGACGAAGGCCUAUCGCAUCAACACACAGGCAACGAGUAUCUGUCACUAUUGUCGAUGAUGAGUCAGUGGUACCUACGGACUCGCCUGUGGUACCUGUGGCUGAGCCUGUCGUAGCUACCGAUGAGCCGAUGGUAGAUGCAGACACUAGUGCAGACACCGAUGCAGAGGCUGCUGCAAAUGAGCCUGAGGGAUUUCCAAGUGGAUCGACCAACCUAUCCUUGCUUACCGAGUAUGCUGAGCAUGUUGCAGCCAGCGUAUGGACGGGAAAGCGUCCUGAAUUGAAUUUAUCCUCCCAUGGGAGGAAGGUGCAGAAAUUAGGUAGGCCUGUCCCUGCCAUUGAGGGGCUAGUUGCUGGGACAGGACUAAGUCCUUUGAUUGCAUGUUCAGUAGACACGGACGAUCAGGGACUUAUAUCAUCAUUUGUGGAGAGGUGGCACCAGGAGAUACCUCUGCACGUCGACGAGGCGGUGCUGAUGUUGGUUGACUUACUAAUGGUCACACCAGAGGCAGCCAAGGCUGAGACAAGACAUUGUCAUGAACCAUACUGUUGGAUAUAUGAGCACUUUUUGUCAGUUGCGGAGUGUAACGCUGAUCCGGACUAUGACGAGGUGUCACCACGUGCAUGUCGGUGGAUUGCUACGAAGAAGACUGUGAAGAGCAUAUCUAUAGAGACGUAUAGGCAGCGCCUGAAUUGA